AUGUCCUCUUCACAGCCUAUUGCCCUAAUCAUGGGCGCCUCCCGAGGCAUCGGCCGCCAAGUAGCUAUCGACAUGGCUAGAAACGGCUAUGCUGUAAUGCUAGCUGCAAAAACAACCUCCGACGCCAGCAAAACAACUCCGUUCCCACCCGACCCAAACUCCUCAGCCUCAACAAUCAGCACUGUAGAGCGCGAGAUCAUCGAAAGCGGCGGACGAGCCGCAUCAGUCGCUGUAGAUGUGCGCGACGCCUCGCAAAUCCAACACGCCAUUGACGAAACAGUGCGUGUUUUCGGCAAACUGGAUGUACUUGUGUACAACUCUGGUGCAAUCUGGUGGUCAUCUGUUGAGAAUACGCCAUUGAAGCGGUUCAAGCUUAUGCAGCAGAUUAAUCCGGAGGGGCUCUAUGCUACUGUUCUAGCUACGUUGCCGCAGUUUGAGAGGAAUGGGUGGAAGGGAAGAAUUGUUGUUGUUUCACCGCCUAUUUACUCGAGGUUUUUCAGGGGAAAGACUGCUUAUGCUAUGGGCAAGGUUGGAAUGAGUGUGCUGGUGAAGGGUCUUGCUAUGGAUUUCAAGAGACAGGGUCGUGAUGAGAUGGCUAUUACGAGUAUUUGGCCUGCUUCGUCUAUUGAAUCCGCAGCUACAGAGUUUAACAAGUCCGAUGAUAAAUCCUACAAGAAGGACUUGAGAAAGCCGGCGAUCUUCUCCGAUGCCAUCCUGGAGAUGCUUCGGGCCCCGCAUGCCACUGUCAAUGGACUGUUGGACACGGAUGAGGACUUCCUUCGUGAGAAAUGCGGCGUGUCCGAUUUCUCGAAAUACGCAGUGAUCCCAGGCUCGACACCGCGACGGAUCAUGCCUGAGAAGUUCCCUGUACUGGAGGUUGCGGAGCAAGAUGACGAGGGACAGAGAAUGGAUAGCACAAAGGUUCGAGCCAACAAGCUUUGA